GAGUUCAACCUUGAUGGAGACUACCUGAUCGGAGGCCUCUUCCCUGUUCACUAUACAUCAGACCUAACUAAGUCAAGACGGCCUGAAGCUGUGACAAGCUGCCUCAAAAAGCCCAUGAACUUGCGAGGCUAUCGAGGGCUUCAGGUGAUGAGGUUUGCUAUUGAGGAGAUCAACAACUCCAGCACCCUCCUGCCUAACGUAACCCUUGGUUACCAUAUCAUUGAUCACUGCACCGAUGCUCAGAAUUUCCCUGACAUCCUCCAUUUCUUUUCUGUUAAUGGCUCUGUGGAAGUCAUUCAGACUUAUAACCACUACUACUCUCAAGUGAUCAGUUUCAUUGGUGCCUUCAGUAGCACUGAAACUAUAAGUCUGGCUCCAAUGUUCAUGGCGGACCUGAUUCCAAUGGUUAGUUAUGGAGCCAGCAGUUCCACUCUCAGUGAUAAACUGACGUAUCCAUCCUUCAUAAGAACCACGCCUAGCAACAAAAAUCAGAUUGAACUCAUCAUUCACAUCAUCAAGCACUUUGGUUGGAACUGGGUGGCAUUCAUUGGCUCUAAAUCUGAGUACAGCGCGAAUGGCUUUCAGAUGUUUGUUGACAUGAUUAAAAACACAGGCAUCUGCCUGGGUUACCAAGAGAUACUCGCAGACAUAUCAGAGUUGAACUCAACAUUUUACAGGAUAGACACACUCAAGAUUAAUGUCAUUAUCCUUUUCAUUGAGGAACUCCUUGCUGUGAAAGUUGUCACCUCCUCAGUACAACUAAAUGUCCACAAUAAAGUCUGGAUUGCCAGUGAUUCCUGGUCCUUGAGCAACCACUUGCUCAGACUUCAGGGAAUAAAUACAAUCGGCAGUAUUAUUGGUGUGACACCAAUAGUUGUGCCCCUACCUGGCUUUAAUGAGUUCAUUUACCAGUCACAAGACAGAGCUGAUUCUGUCCACAGUGCUGAAGGCUUCUGCAACCAGGCCUGUGAUAACUGUUCCUCCGUCACCCCAGAGGAUCUCAUCAAUGAAAAUCCCAGCUACAAUUUCCCUGUUUAUUCGGCUGUGUACACCAUAGCAAUGGCUUUACACAAAGUUCUACAGUGUAACCACUCAGGAUGCAACAAGACCCGCACAGUAUAUCCCUACAUGCUUCUGCAGGAAAUCAAACGAUUGCGGUUCCAUCUGAUUGACUUCUGGAUAUCUUUCGACAAAAAUUUGGAUCCACCUGCACGCUACUCACUUGUGUUCUGGGACACCAGUAAUCACUCUGUUGAGAUUAAUCAGAUUGGCACAUUUAGCAACUAUCCUGUGUCAAAUCUGACUAUUUUCGACACACAACUACACUGGCAUGGCAGUGGACUGGUGCCAUUCUCCAACUGCUCUGUUGAGUGUAAGCCAGGACAUGUGCGGCAGAAGUCUGGUCUUCAUGAGUGCUGUUUCACUUGUGUGGAAUGCCCCAGGAACCAAUAUUCCAACCAUACAGCUAACCUGUACUCAUGUCUGAAGUGUGGCAAGUAUGAGUGGUCCGAUGCUGGAAGCACAUCAUGCCGGACACGUUCCAUGGAAUACCUCCGUUUCUCCGAUGGCUACUCCAUUGUCCUCAUGGUCCUUGCAUCCGCCCUCAUGCUCCUGUGUGGGGGGGUGGCCGUGCUGUUUGCUGUGCACCGCUCCACGCCGGUAGUGCGGUCAGCAGGGGGCAGUAUGUGCUUCCUGAUGCUGGGCUGCCUCGCCGCUGCCGCCACCAGCGUCUUCUUCUACUUCAGUGAGCUGUCAACCUUCAGCUGCAUAUUUAGAGACUUCGUAUAUUGCUUUUUCUACACCGUGUGCUUGUCCUGCCUUUUAGUCCGCUCCUUCCAGAUCAUCUGCAUCUUCAAGAUGGCUGCCCUCUUGCCCAAAGCGCACACAUGGUGGGUGAAGCACAACGGCCAGUGGUUGGUGGUGGCUGCCCUCUCUCUCCUCCAGCUCCUGCUCUGUGCCGUCUGGAUGACCGUCAGUCCCCCUUUGCCAAAAGAGGACACGUCAUUCAAAGACCAGAUUGUCCUGCAGUGUAGUGCCAAUGAUAUUGUCCUCUCAUAUCUCUCUAUCAUGUUCAUGCUUAUCCUCAGUGGCCUCUGUUUCUGCUUCUCCUACUUGGGAACAGACCUGCCCAAGAACUACAAUGAAGCCAAAGCCAUCACUUUUAGCAUGUUGCUGUUUUGGCUGAGCUGGGCCAUUUUCAUCACAGCUGACCUGUUGGCCAAGACCAAGUACGUGCAGGUGGUGAAGAUUGUGGUUGAGCUGAGCUGUUUGUAUGGUAUCAUGUUCAGUUACUUCAUCCCAAAGUCCUUCAUUAUUGUCUUUCAGACUGCAAGGAACACACAGGAGUAUUUCCAAGCCAGUAUUCAGAGUUACACACAAACCAUAAGUAGAAUGUAG